AUGGAGAUGAGUCUAUGGUUGGCAUUAAUACUAAGCCAGUUGAUCGGCUUGGAUUCCUUUCAGGUUCCUCAGCUUCUGGUGAAUGUCACUGAAAACGAUCCAUGGAUUUGGGCAUCGCUGCCAGAGGAUCAUCGCAUUAGGUCGGUGCUCUUUUACACUGAGUACGAAGGGGAGAAGUGUCCCUUCUAUGACUAUAGAUUGGAGCCGAGCAUCGGGCAUCCGUGGGCUAUACGGGAAUACCUGGGCAAUGGUACCCUUAAAAUAUCCGCCGUCGUAGAGACCCAUCAAAACGAAACUGUGAUAGAGAGCUUCAGGAUCAGAUCCUUGGGAGAAAACAGUGCCUCGGUAGAACCUCUACGGAAAUUCCUCCCAUCAUCCGAGAAAAGUAUAGAUUGUGAGAAGCUACGUAGCUCCACGAAAUACUGUCUGCCCACGAUUUCCCACCACAGAGGCAAACCCAUUAGCUGCAGCGGUAGGCUAUUGUUCUCCGAGUCCUUUGGAGAUAAUGAAAAUCCUUGGACAAACUGGAAGCACGUGGUGCAAUCACAGCUACUGGAACCUCACUAUGAGGGAGUGGCCUUUGUCAAUCGAAAAGCCAACUCGUAUGUGGAAAAUAACAUGCUCCACCUAAAGGUAACUAAAUCUAACUAUGGGUCGAAAUACCCCUUCUAUUUGGAGAACUGCACUUAUACGAAAAGGGAUUCCAAUCAAAGAUGUGGCGAGAAGAAGUACAGAUUGCCAUUUCGAAAGUUUAUGCCUCCCUUCGAUUCGGCAAAACUAAUCUCAUUGGAUACAUUUAAGUACUGCCGCAUAGACAUAGAAGCCAAGAUGCCCAUUGGAGACUUUUUGUUCCCAGGACUCACACUGUCUUCUGUUAAUCGCGAUGCCAUUCGAAUUGCCAUUGUCCGGGGCAAUAAGAAGCUGACUGAUUUCGCCAGCAACGAGAUCGGUGGAAGAACCCUUUAUGCCGGGGCAAUCCUUAAUGAUUAUGGAACACGGACAUACGAAUUGGAGGAGUUUGCCAGUAGCGACGAUCACUAUGGGAAUGACUUUCACACUUACACGGCUAUUUGGAAGGAGGAGAGCAUUAAUUUUAAGAUAGAUGGUCGCACCUUUGCUCAAAUAACCAAUUCAACGAUCGUUCAAGAACUAAGUAAAACAGAGCGCCAUAUCGAAUUGUUCCUAACUGUCGGCGGAGAGUACAAUUUUCCGGAUAACCGCAUUCCGCCAGAGCAAAAGAGCUAUCGCAAUUUCGAAACGGGCCUAUCAUCGAAAAUUAAAAAGGCCGUAACCAAUGCACCCAUUUGGGACCAAGCUGUGAUGGUCAUAAAAAAUAUUAAUGUUUAUUCAACCGAUGAGUAUGAGGAACUAAGAAGAAUCCAUGUAAAACGACAGUCUCACUUAGCCGCCAUGUGGAAAGGCUGUGUUCUUCUAAUUUGGUUAGGCAGUCUUGUUUCUUUGAUGAUUGCCCUGGAGGUGCCGCAUCCAGUGGUAAAUGUGAAGGGCAGGGAGGUAUCCAUAAUUUUACCCGGGGAUCUGGAAGGGAUUGAGUCCAUAUACUUUCAAGCCGAGUUGGUUGACAAAGAGUGCGAUAACAAUGCAUAUUCGUUUGCAAAUGGGAGACCAUGGAGUGCAAAGAUUGAGCUACAAAGUACCAUUGAGCCCAAUGCCAAACUAAGAAUUCAAACUGUGGUGGAGAGAAAGAAUAAGAUUGCAACUCAGUUUUCGGAGUAUAAAAUCAACGAUAAUGGAAUGGGAGAGUUACUUGAUGGGCCUAGAUUAACCUCAAGUACUGACCUGCUUGAAAUGGCCGCCAAAUGCAAGCCUGCUAAGAAGAAUUCUUCAGCAACGUUAUCAGAAUGCUCCCAUAGAAGUGGAUUCUCCAGCGGGGACUUGCUCUUCGAAGACAACUUUAAGAACGAUCAGAAGCUCACGGAUAACUGGAUACACGAGGUAAGGUAUCGCAAUACUGGCGGGAAAAACCAGGAGUUUGUUGCCUUUGUGGACGAUCCUGACAAUUCGAAUAUAACCAACAACAAUUUGCACAUAUCAAUCACCAAAGAUGAGCGCAGUAAGAUUCUUCUGGGCUGCACCAGCAAAAAGGAGGGUCUGGCCAAAAGAAAAGAGUGUGGCAGGGGGUCAAGAAGAUCGAAACGGGAGCCUUGGGUCUCCAAGACCUUCAGAUCCGCCAAUAUGCACACGAACUUCACCUUUAAAUAUGGGCGAGUUGAGAUCAGAGCUAAAAUGCCCAAGGGUGAUUGGUUAUUUCCAAACAUUCUUCUGGUGCCCCAUAUGGAUAAGUCUGAUGAUGAUUUUUUCGAUCAUAUUCGCUUGUACGCCAGGGGCAAUUAUGUUCUGCAGGACAAACACCAGUCUGCCCUCGACGGAAGUUCUCUGUUCGGAGGCAUUGUGGUGUGGAACAAAACAGGAGCCGAACCGAAUCCAAUUGAGCAUUUUGUAGUCAGAAAUGAGGAUUAUUACUAUGGGGACGGAUUUCACGACUACACUAUUAUCUGGCAGACUGAUAAAAUUAUCUUUAAGUUCGAUGGCGAGUUCUUCGGAGCAGUAAACAAUGCGACACUUCUUGAGCCAUUUCAAAAACAUGAGUGUCAUCUAGUCCUGGGACUUACCGCCGGCGGAAAUGUUAAUUUCAAUGACGACAUUCUGGAGAUGAAACACAAGCCCUUUUCAAACACCCACCCCAAAGCGGACAAACAAUUCGAGGAGUUGUCUAGAAAUUCUGACUGGACACCAUUGGUGGUUGACCAUAUCCGGGUGUUUGCCAUUGACAAGGAGGGAAAUUAAAAAAAAUAUAUACUCUUUAAGUUGUAAAAUAGGA